AUGCUGCAUAUGCCACCUCUUCCGACCGCUGGUGUGAAACGUGGAAAAUAUAUGUUCCUCAAUCUUCAUCCACCUCCACGACACGUUUUUGGACGUUACGUGCACGAAACCAAACAGUUGGUUGUAAUUAAAUCCUUCAACACCAACAACAAUGUUGUGACUCGAUCCAUCGAUCUUCCUCAUCUUCUACAAAACUUCUUUGAGAUACUUGAGGCUAAAGCGUCAGAGUUUCAAGAACGAGAGUCAGGAUAGAUUUUAGAAAGGGUUCUUUUCCUUGAAAUCAACUUUAACAAGUACAAUCCGUUGAGAGCGUCUUCCUACAUUCCGUUACCGAAACAAAUUUUAUUCAAGAAAGCGGUUGUGAAUGUGCGAAACGACGAUCAGGCCUGCUUCGCAUGGGCAAUUACGUCAGCUCUGUUUCCCGCACAAGCGAACCCGCAAAGAACUACUUUCUAUCCACAUUACUCCCACACUUUGGACUACGACGGUAUCCAAUUUCCUAUGAAAUUAACUGACAUAUCGAAAUUUGAAUCGAAGAACCAUUGCUCUGUGAAUGUCUACGGGACCGAAUCCGUUUUGAAAGAUGGAAAGUGGACAUGGGAAAUCGUUGGCCCCCUUUACUACUCACCCAUCAAGCGACGGUUACACUUCAAUCUGCUCUUGCUCGAUGAUGAUCUAGGAAAUAAUCACUACUGUUGGAUAAAGGACAUGUCCCGUUUACUUUCUUAACAACUUUCUAAAACUGGACAUCGCAAAUUCUUAUGCGACGGUUGC